GCACUGAGCCCCGCUGCCUGCAGGAACCGCUUUAUAAAGAGCUAAAUUUACCAAACUUUACGUUGUUUCCUGAGCUCUCACAAUUGGCCAGGCGUACCCGGGCAAGAGAGUUAUAAGGUUGGAGGACCUCCUACCACUUUUAAACUUGUUCAUGUCCUCGGAGCGCAGCUGCGGAGAGAGGCGACAGUGAAAACAGGCGCACAGACUCCGGCGCGGCUGCCGCUCUCAACACAACGCGACUUUGACAAGAGAUAGUUGAUAUUUCAGCAAAAACCAUGGCCUUAUCCGGAGUGAUGCUACCGUCCUUUUCGACAUUCUCAAACCAAAGAGAGAAAACCUGGGAAAACAGGUGGAGAGGAGAUGUGGACAAACUGGUCUCCAGCAGCUGCUCGAUGCUUGAAAUGGUACACAGCCUGGACAAUCACAGCAAAAAGGACGACGAGGAUCUGAGUAAUUAUUUGGAUCUGGAUUUUAUUCUCGCCAACACAACUGGCGCAGACAGCGUGGCGGAAUAUGUGGGCACAGUUGAGCCCAACAUGUACACAACUGGAAACUCGGUGCCAUCCUACGCAGCAGACGACCAUCGCUCCCCGCCGCCCCCGUACUGCGCCAGCCUCAUGACAGAGCUUCUCCGCUCCGAGGGAACAAACAACUAUGGCAUUACGCGCAAUCCCAGCGUUCAGGGGAGAUUUUAUGUCAACACUGCUCCUUUCCCCCGCCCGGAAAACAUCAAAGUGGAGCCAUCCAUGGACAGUUACGGCCCUGUUUUGGGCAUGGUGCCUCAGAGCUGCAGCAAAAUCAAGCAAGAGGGGAACGUUUCGUGCAUGAUGUCCUUCGAGCAGCCCCGAGUGGCCAUCUCCCCGCGGGCAGCCAGCAACAUGACACCGCCUCUCAGCCCCGAUGACCAGGGAGCUUCGGACUGCCAGGCACAGCUGUGCCAGCCCAUGAACUUCCCUCAGAAGUAUCACACGCCGGCAGCUUUCCCGCACCACCCUCAGGCUCCCCAGCUGCAGAUGUCCUACCACGCUCCGCACACUGCCUUUGGCAUGUACGAUGAAGGACUCAGCCUGCAGCCUGGCGCGCAGAGGGUGAUGCUCACGCCGCCCUCAUCUCCCCUCGAGCUGAUGGAGUCCAAACCCAAGAGAGGACGGCGCACAUGGCCGCGGAAGCGCACAGCGACGCACACUUGCACCUUCGCUGGCUGCGGUAAAACUUACACCAAGAGCUCACACCUGAAGGCACAUCUCCGAACUCACACUGGUGAGAAGCCAUACCACUGCAGCUGGGAAGGCUGUGGAUGGAAAUUCGCCCGUUCCGACGAGUUGACCCGUCAUUUCCGCAAACACACCGGGCACAGGCCUUUCCAGUGCCACCUGUGUGAGCGUGCCUUCUCCAGGUCUGACCACCUGGCCCUCCACAUGAAGAGACACAUGUGAAGGAGCCCACAUAAGAGACUUGGGGGUUCAUGGGUGGGUUGUGUUAUUUUUUAUUGUGAUCCAACUGAUGUAUUUUUAUUUAAACAGUUCUACACAUGACCAAAGUCGUUUUUUAUAUAAUAUUGAAUUUAAAAAAAAGUUUUAGUGUUAUUAUUUUCUAAUAAUGUAGCUGGUACUACUUUGGUUCUAUAAAAGCUUUAGAAAAGCUUUGUUUGCUUUCGAGCAGGCAGACCAGGAAGGGGCUGGCCCUGUAUAUACUACUCUUCUUUGACAGAACUGGAAUGCGGUGUUUAACACAAGUGCCUUUCUAUGACUCUGCUACUGUAAAACUCUUCUUGACAGAAAGACAUGGCCACAAAAUAGUACAUGUUCUUGUUGACAGGAGUGAAGUGCACAUACAGUUGCCUAACAUGUGCAAAGACAAUGUUUUAUUUAAACUGCCUCAAUGUCUGAAUGGCCUGAGCUGUUGUAUUUUGUUGCCUUCUUCCUGUAUGUAGUUGUGGUUGACUUCUCUGGUGUGAAACUCUUGGAUCCAGCCCCUCUGUACACUAUCAGGGCUUGAUGUCCUGUGCAUUAUUUUUUACUUAAAUUUAUAUGAAUAUGUAAAUGGAUUUUAUACUGUAAAUGUGUAUUUAUUGUAAAUAUUA